UGUGAGGAUGAGAAGGUCUCCACAGUCUGGAGUCUGGUCUCUGACAGGCUCAACAUACCUGUCAAUCAACAGGGACUCCUCUACAAAGGCAAGGCGCUGGCAGGUAGGCUGAACAGCACAGCACAGCACAGCACAGCACAGCACAGCUCACCCCUCCUCUCACCCCUCGCCUCAUCCCUCCUCUCACUCCUCGCCUCACCCCGGGUCAGUGUGGCACAGCCUGCCUGCUCUUCUGAACAAACACUUCAGCCCUGCCGACGCAGUGAGAGUCUGGAGCAGCAACACAAGGUAACCUGAACACAAACACACACACACACACAGACACACACAAACACACACACAGUGAGAGGCUGGAGCAGCUACACAAGGUAAAUUGAACACAAUAAACACGGCUACACACACAAUCCUAGCUGCAGCAGAUGUACAAUGUUAUACAGACACACACAGACACAGCUGUACAGUGACACAGAGACGCACACACAAUCACAGCUGCAGCAUACACACUCUGAAAUGCAGGUGUAGAGCAGCGUGUAGUUGUGACUCUGUGUCUCUCUCCUCCCCCUCUCCUCUCCUCUCCUUACUUUGUUUAAAAGAAUAGAAGCACACCCAGUGAGCAAGGCAUUGAGCAGCCCCACAUCCCGCUUCACAAUACCGCUACAUAUUGACUGACUGUUUGCAUUGUGUGUGUUUGGUAAGACAAACCACAUUUUCUACUUCUACUUUCUACGAUUGGGCAAGUCAGCGGUUGUUUGAUAACAGAACAUAAAACAUCACAGAGCGGGUUGAACUGCAUUGCUGCAAAUCAAGGCCCUUUAAAAUGUGUACCUUCCCAGCUCAGGUAUUGCUGAGGUAAAGAGACACUUCCUACAGGAGGACAGGACGUUGUCAAGGAGGGGAUGUCGUCACGUGUCCUGAGGGCUUUCUUAAAAACAUUGUUUUAUUAUUUCUAAGCGUACGUUGUUAUUGCCUUUUAGCUCUUGAGCAUAAUAAUCUCAAUCCCGUUUGAAAUGACACUAAGUGCAUUUGCAUGGUGGCAGAUGAGGGAUGUCGCUUCACUCGAGGCGUGCGUACUGAUGAAGAUGUAGUUUCAGUGUUUAAUGGUUAUCCCCUCACUGUGUGUGUGUGUGUGUGUGUGUGUGUGUGUGUGUUCUUGUCUCUCGCCUGUCCAGUGAGGAUGAAGAUGUAGUUUCAGUGUUUAAUGCUCAUCCCCUCACUGUGUGUUUGUGUGUUCUUGUCUCGACAGGUCUGUGAGGAUGAGAAGGUCUCCACAGUCUGGAGUCUGGUCUCUGACAGGCUCAACAUACCUGUCAAUCAACAGGGACUCCUCUACAAAGGCAAGGCGCUGGCAGGUGCAGCACGGGCUGACAGAUGAGGUUCAGCAGCUGGAAGGCACCAUGACUGCUCUGAAGCAGAAACGUGCCCAAUCACAGGACGUCCUGCAUGCUCUGUCCCAGCAGCUGACUCGUAUCGAGGAGGACAUCGCCUGCAAGACCAGCUCCCUGUCCCUGGAGAGACGUAGCCUGGACACACGGAGCAAACUGAUCGUCCCACCAGAGAAACAAGUCCCUGAAACUGACACCUUCAACCGCACCCUGAGCCCUGUCAAGAGCCGCCAGCUGGAGCUCGCUUGACAGCUCCGCCUCCCCAUGAAAUAAAGAAAGAGAUCAAUAAAUAUUUGUUCUGUAAAAUCAUGCUUGUUCAGCACUGGGACUCUGUAAUGAAUGCACUAAAGUACAUUUGUUAGAGUUUUAAAUAUUAUGAAUCUGUGUCAUACACUGUGAUCACGUUAAGUGUUAAUAGAGGCUGACAUCACACACAAUCCAUCUGUCUUAUAAAUGACAUCACACACAAUCUGUCUGCCUUAUAAAUGACAUCACAUACAAUCCGUCUUAUAAAUGACAUCACACACAAUCCGUCUGUUUUAUAAAUGACAUCACACA